AUGACCAGCUUCAUUGCUCCAGAUGUUAAAAAUUUUGUCUCCUGGGACUAUGUUGUCUUUGCGGCACUCUUCCUCAUUUCUUCCAGCAUUGGAAUAUUUUUUGCAGUUAAAGAGAGGAAAAAAGCAAGUUCCACGAACUUUUUGGUGGGUGGCAGGCAGAUGACUUGUGGACCAGUAGCCCUGUCCCUCACGGCUAGUUUCAUGUCAGCAGUGACUGUGCUGGGAACCCCAGCGGAGGUGUAUCGUUAUGGGUCUUCCUUCAUUCUGUUCUUCAUAUCUUAUACAUUUGUCAUCCUCUUUACUUCAGAACUUUUCCUACCUGUGUUCUACAAAUCUGGGAUCACAAGCACCUAUGAGUAUUUGGAGUUAAGGUUUAACAAGCUUGUUCGUGUGGCUGCAACAUUGAUUUACAUAGUGCAAACGAUCCUUUACACUGGAGUGGUAGUCUAUGCUCCAGCUCUAGCUCUCAAUCAAGUGACUGGAUUCAAUCUUUGGGGCUCAGUAUUUGCAACAGGAAUUGUUUGCACCUUCUAUUGCACACUGGGCGGGUUAAAAGCUGUUGUCUGGACAGAUGCCUUUCAACUGAUCGUUAUGCUGACUGGGUUCUUGACAGUUUUAAUUCAAGGAACUCUUCAGAGUGGGGGCCUUGCAAACAUUUGGGAAAAUGCCAAGAAUGGAUCACGCCUCACUGUAUUUGACUUUGAUAUUGAUCCCCUGAGAAGACACACGUUUUGGACCAUUGCAGUAGGAGGGACGUUUACCUGGUUAGGAAUCUAUGGAGUUAAUCAGUCCACGAUACAAAGAUGCAUUUCCUGCAGAACAGAAAAGCAUGCCAAGCUUGCUCUCUAUCUUAAUUUACUGGGGCUAUGGGCCAUCCUGAUAUGUGCAGUCCUUUGUGGUUUGGUGAUGUAUUCCUAUUUUAGGACCUGUGAUCCUUGGACUGCUGGUUUUAUUUCAGCACCUGAUCAGCUGAUGCCCUAUUUUGUGAUGAUCAUCUUUUCCUCGGCCCCUGGACUUCCAGGAUUAUUUGUUGCAUGUGCCUUCAGUGGAACACUCAGCACUGUGGCUGCAAGUAUAAAUGCUCUGGCAACUGUAACAUUUGAAGAUCUUGUCAAGUAUUGCUUCCCAAAUCUCUCUGAACGCCUGAACACUUGGGUCAGCAAAGGCCUAUGCAUAGUAUUUGGAGUGAUCUGUACGUCAAUGGCUGUAGCAGCUUCACUAAUGGGUAGUGUUGUGCAGGCCUCGCUUAGCAUUCAUGGGAUGUGUGGGGGACCUAUGCUGGGAUUAUUUACAUUGGGAAUUCUUUUUCCUUGUACCAACUGGAAGGGUGCCAUUGGAGGCCUCUUUACUGGAAUCACCUUGGCAUUUUGGGUUGGCAUUGGAGGUUUUGUGUAUCCUGUUCCAUCUUCAAAGGCUCUUCCAUUGUACCUCUCAACAGCUGAAUGCAUUGCCAAUAAUACAGUGGAUGAUGCUAUUGUGAUGCCUACUUUACCUCCCGCCAGGCCUCAUCUGGCAGAUACUUGGUAUUCUUUGUCAUAUCUUUACUUCAGUGCUGUUGGAUGUCUAGGAUGUAUUAUUGCAGGGCUUCUGAUCAGUUUUGUAACAGGUCCGAGUAAAGGUGAAGAUAUUAAACCAAUGUUAAUUCGCCCAAUCUGCAACAUAUUUUGCUUCUGGUCUGCUAAAUGCAAAACCUUGUGCUGGUGUGGUGUGGAUCAUGACAACAGCAAAACACUUCAUGAAAAUGAUUGGCUGGAAAAACUUGCACAGAAGGCAGAUGCAAAUAAUGUACACAAGAAUGGAUUGGAUGGAUUGGAUGGAUCAAAUCAAUCAGUGCAGAGCCAUUUACCAGGUUAUAACCCAUCUGAGAAAUCCUACACUAAUCCAAGUAUGGAAUCUCACUUUUAGCAUGCUCAGAAGAAAAGGCAUCCAGAGAACCAUAGGAAUUGCACAGUCUUACCCAAACAAACUGCUGGGGAAUGCAAUUAGCUGAGGAGACGUUUAUUUAUAACUUAAUAGAGGGUCAUUUUUGUAUUUACUGAA